GUCCACCCCUCGCUCGUGGCCCUUUCGAUUGCGCCGAGAGAAGCUUGUCGUGUGAGUCAAGGGCUGGUGCUCUAGCCUUGCAAUACGAACUUAAAUCCGGCGGUAGCUGCAAUAUAGAUCUUGGAGGACGGUGAAAUUUUAAUCCAUCGGAUGCUAAGGCACGACCUUUUCUCUCUCCGAGAGAUUUGAGAAUGCUCACAAGUUGACAACACACGUCACGUGCUGUCUUGGGGUCAGAACUGCUCGAAGAAUUGACGGCGGGACGAUAUUCAUCCUUCGGCCCAUAAGCAAUGCCACAGCCGACGCAGGAUGACGGUUCUUCUGGCCUGCACAAGUUCAGCUGCGUGUUGUGUCAUAAGCGGAAGGUGAAGUGUGACAGGCUAGAGCCUUGUGGAUAUUGUGCAAGGCAUAACGAUACCUGCGUCUACGAGGCUCCGCCUCCACCUAAACGAAGAAAAAAGGAAGCAAAGAGCAGCCAUGCGGAUCUCCUUGCGCGAUUGCAGCGAGCUGAAGAUCAGCUUCGUCAAGUAGUAGCACCGGGCCAAUUUGACCAGCUCUCGUCUGCCGUGGGCAGUCCUGCCAACGCGUCUACACCAAAAUCUGCGGCCUCAACCCCCGCUUUACAGUCUGCAGUCAUAGCAAAGCAUGAUACCCCACGGGGAAGACUGAUCGCAAGUGGUAACAGCACUCGGUAUCUUGACAGCAACCUUUGGGUUACUCUCGACAAUGAACUUCAAAAUCCCGAUGCCGUCCUUCGCGACACUGGAAUUGGAGCCGGAGAUGCCCAAUACGUCGGCUCCGAUGACGACGGUGACGUUGAUCACGCUGCUGGCAUGCUUCUUAGCACGAAUGGCAUAUCUGAUCAAGAACUCGCCGAGCUCUUUCCAACGGUAGCACAGCAAAACGUGCUUUGGCAGGUGUAUAUCGAUAACGUCCACUACCUAACAAUGAUCUUGCAUCGUCCUGGAUUCCAAAAGGUUGUAGAUACAGCAAGAACGAAAGGAAUUCUUUCCUUAUCGAAGCCUAAUGUUGCUCUCAUAUUCUCGACAUUCUUCAUUGCUGCGGCAUCACUCAGCAAUGCACAGUGUGAAACCAAACUCAGGCAAACCCGCAAAAAACUACUCAAGCAAUUGCGAGCUGGAACAAGACAUGCCCUAGUGAGAGCUUCAUUCACCCGAUCAACAGACUUGGUAACUUUGCAAGCGUUCGUACAAUUCCUAAUCUGCAUGCGAAACGGUAUGGACUCUCAGACACUGUGGAUUCUUUCAGGUGUUGCUUUCCGAAUUGCGCAGAGAAUGGGUAUGCAUCGUGCGGAUGUUGAUUCCAAUUUGCCGCCUUUCGAAAUAGAAAUGAGACGCAGGCUCUGGCAUCAGCUAAUGAUAUUGGACUUCACAUCUUCGGAACUUGCCGGCUGUUCACCAAAUUACUCCGCUGCUAUCAUAGACCCCGAAGGACGUUCACCUCUCAACCUCAACGAGGAGGACUUGAAAGAAGAUAUGAAAGAGUUUCCUCCGGAGCGUGAGGGAGCAACCGACAUGAUCUUCUGUCGGCUACGUUACGAAUUCCGCUCUUUCUUUGCCCUUAUUCAUAGGUCACGAUCAUCGUUCAAACCUUCACUAGGACCAAUCUUCGAGGCAGGUUUUAAUCGAAUAACAGAAGAUUCCUUCUCGAUGGAAGAGAAAAACAAAUUCGUUGACGAACUUGAAAACAAACUUCAGAACAACUAUUUGAGGUUUUGUGAUCCUAUUAACCGCCUCCAUAACAUCACAGGCAUCGCUGCACGAGCCGCCGUGGCAGGCAUGCGUCUGCGCGUGCAUCACCCUCGGCACUAUCUGGAGAGCGGAAGGGAGCCUCCACAAGAAAUCCGCGACUUGUGUUUUGCCCUGAGUAUGAAAAUAUUGAAAUAUGACAUAAUGUGUCAUUCUCAGAAAGAAUUACAGGGUUAUAUUUGGCACGUGCGGGUUUACUUCCAGUGGUACGGUCUGGGAAUCGAAAGCGCUCAUUCAAUGGCACUAAUCUUCAAGUUAGGCACGCUUUUAUUUUCUUACUAAAUGAACUACGUGUUAGAACAACAGGUGAGGAGGCAGAAAAAGCAUGGGAGCUAUGUGAGGAGGCUUUUUUCUAUCACCCUGAACUCAUUUCGGGCGAGUUCGCAUUAUAUCGAGCUAUUCGAAUAAUAGCUCUACGGGCCUGGAGUGCUCGGGAGAAGAUGCUUCUGCAACAAGGCCUUUACUUCAGUGUACCAAAAUUUAUCAUCCAAGCCCGAGAGCGUGCUGGAAUUGGCGCUUUCCAAAGUGGACCAAGCAACACCAGCCCUCAGAUGUCCACGACACAAAGUGUAAUGGGAAGAAAUACUUAUCAACAAUAUCCAACGCCAGCUUCAGUCUCUGCACCGAACAUGAGGGACACCAUCGCUUCUGAUGAGCCUCCAAUGCUAUAUAACACGAGCUGGCCUUCAGUAGUACCCGGAGAGGAGGGAUUGUUUAUGUCAAAACCCGGCGAGCCAAGCCCAAUCGAUUGGGAUGCAUGGGACUCGCUUGUCCAAAUGGACCUGCCUACUUUGGAGUUUGGUCUCGAAGCAUUUUUUAAAACAUGACGAAACUAAUUCAAGGCUUUUAAGCUAGACGACAGGCGCAUCCUGAACGGCCGGAUGCUAUGAUUCAGCAAUGCACCCACCUCUUUGUAACAUUAAACAUGUCCUCUCCAUCAAAAUAUUGAAAGUUUUCAUACA